UGAAUUAUAUAUUUAUAAUUUUCCUUUAUAUGCGGAUGCGGUGUUUUCAUUUGAUUUGGUAAAUCGGAGCCUUGUUUGACGAUCGGAAAACAGUUUCCUUUCCUUUAUAUGCGGUGUGUGUGUGUUUGUGUAUUUUUAGAUGGAUCGAUCGAUUGAGUGUGGGUAUGGUAUGGUAUAGUAUGGUAUGGUGUAUGAGUGUGUGUAUUGAAAUUGAUCAAUCCUUCCUGCAAAUCUUGAUCUUGAGUUGAGAGCCGUGAGAGAGAGAGAGAGAAGAAAUGGAAGGAGAGAAGAGGUCGAAGACGAAGAUAGUGUGUACGCUGGGGCCAGCUUCGAGGUCAGUGGCGAUGGUAGAGAAGCUUCUGAGGGCUGGAAUGAAUGUCGCUCGCUUCAACUUCUCCCAUGGCUCUCAUGAUUACCACAAGGAAACCCUCGACAAUCUCCGCUCUGCCAUGGACAAUACUGGCAUCCUCUGUGCUGUCAUGCUCGAUACCAAGGGUCCAGAGAUUCGAACUGGGUUUUUGAAAGACGGCAAGCCCAUCCAACUGAAACAGGGUGAAGAGAUCACCAUCUCCACUGAUUAUAGCAUCAAGGGUGAUGAGAACAUGAUUUGCAUGAGCUACAAAAAAUUGGCCGAGGAUGUAAAACCACAUAGCGUGAUACUUUGUUCAGAUGGCACAAUCUCAUUUACUGUUUUGUCUUGUGACAAGGAAAGUGGUAUGGUUCGAUGCCGCUGUGAGAACACAGCUGUUCUUGGCGAAAGAAAGAAUGUCAAUCUCCCAGGAGUGAUUGUGGAUCUCCCAACUUUGACAGAGAAAGACAAGGUUGAUAUCCUAGAAUGGGGGAUUCCUAAUAAGAUCGACAUGAUUGCACUGUCUUUUGUCCGCAAAGGUUCUGACUUGGUGGAAGUUCGGAAGUUGUUGGGAGAGCAUGCAAAGAAUAUCCUUCUCAUGUCUAAGGUUGAAAAUCAAGAAGGGGUGGCAAAUUUUGAUGAAAUCCUUGCUAAUUCAGAUGCAUUUAUGGUUGCACGUGGUGACCUGGGAAUGGAAAUUCCAAUUGAAAAGAUAUUUUUGGCACAGAAAGUGAUGGUUUACAAGUGCAACAUCCAAGGAAAGCCUGUUGUAACAGCUACCCAGAUGUUGGAGUCGAUGAUCAAAUCUCCAAGGCCAACUCGAGCAGAGGCUACUGAUGUUGCCAAUGCAGUUCUUGAUGGCACAGACUGCGUAAUGCUGAGUGGUGAAACAGCUGCUGGAGCUUAUCCAGAACUUGCAGUUAGGACUAUGGCCAAAAUCUGUGUAGAAGCCGAGAGCACAAUUGAUUAUGGGGAUGUUUUCAAAAGGGUUAUAGCAAAUGCACCGGUGCCUAUGAGCCCAUUAGAGAGCUUGGCCUCUUCUGCAGUCCGAACAGCCAACUCAGCGAAAGCAACUAUGAUAUUGGUCCUAACCAGAGGAGGAAGUACUGCAAAACUGGUUGCUAAGUACAGGCCAGGGAUGCCAAUAUUGUCUGUGGUUGUCCCAGAGAUUAAGACUGAUUCAUUUGACUGGUCAUGCAGUGAUGAAUCUCCGGCAAGGCAUAGCCUUAUAUUUAGGGGUUUGGUUCCAGUUUUGUCUGCAGGGUCUGCUAGGGCUUCACAUGCAGAAUCCACAGAAGAAGCAUUGGAGUUUGCACUACAACAUGCCAAGGCCAAAGGACUUUGUAAGGAUGGAGAUGCCGUCGUGGCUUUGCACCGAGUUGGGACUGCAUCUAUAAUUAAGAUUGUCAUUGUGAAGUAGAUUGAGAUGAUUUGAUGCAUUGGGUCAUUUUUUAAUUUUUCUUUUCCCCUUCAGCCUUACCUUUUUUGAUAAAAGGAUUUCAACUGCUGCACCUUUUGAGUUUUGAAUUUCAAGUUCUCUUAAAAUUGUUUUCAUGACUGAGUUUUGCAACUAAUAAUACUAAUAAUGGUGUGGAAGUGGAACUCUUUUUAUGUUCAUUUGCAUUUUUUUUUGGACGCUGUGGGGGUGGUCAUAAUUCUUGGCAGAUCCUUUUCUUAUUUAA